AUGUCGUCCCCUUCCUCCUCCAGGCGCCAGUGGUGCUACCUGUGCGACCUGCCAAAGAUGCCAUGGACCGUGGUGUGGGACUUCAGCGAGGUGGUCUGCCGUGGAUGCGUGAACUACGAGGGAGCCAACCAGAUUGAAUUCCUGAUCGCAAGCGCCCGCCAGUUGAAGCGAACUCACGGCAUGCAGGACGGUAACGUGAGGUCACCUGGUCCCUCUCCCAAUAAACACGGCACAUCAGCCCGGGGAGAGGUGGCGGCAGACGGAGGCAGGCCGCACGGGGACCGUUUCGAGAGGGGAGGAAGAGGAGAAAUUACCGCUUCAACUAUUCGUGUACCGCCAAACGGGCUGCAUCGUGACGGGCAGCCGCCUCAAGAAGUUAACCGUCAGAGCCCCAGUGGCAGCCGGAGAUCCAUGAUUAGCGCAGCCAUCCCUCCUAAUCUAGUGAGUCAGAGUAUUGCAGGUAUUCCCGGUAUUCCCUCUGGGAUACUUACAGGGAUGCCCGCGGGUCUGACGGCCCGGACAGCCCCUAUGAGCAGCCCUAUGAUUUUCCCUGCCCCUGUGCUGGCAGAGAUGAGCCGCAGACAGCUGGGAAUAAGCAUGGGGAUCACCCCUUUUAUCGCGCCAGAGCUGGAGCGAGAGCUGAGUUCCUCCCAGAACCAGCCCAAGACGCAGACCCACACAGUUGUGGCUGGCAGCAGUACCAGCAAGAGUACAAGCUUGGCUUCUUCAUCGUUCUCCAUGGCUGGAGGUGUAAGCCAGACUAGUCCUAAACCUGCAUCAUCUCCAGCCAGGCAGUCACGCCCCCUAACUGCAAGGUCAGGAGGAGAGCCCCUAGGAUCCAGCACCUCAGCGGAGGCAGCUACCACCGCUGCCGCGUUACCCCACAGUGGUGCCUCUGAGCUGGCAUCUGCAUCUGCCAAUAACAGCCAUUCGGCUGGAAACAGUCUGUCCUGCACCUUGUGUCAUGAGAGACUGGAAGACACCCACUUUGUUCAAUGUCCAUCAGUGCCAGGCCACAGGUUCUGCUUCCCGUGCACAAGAGGGUAUAUCCAGAGUAGGCAUGGUGAUGGGGAAGUGUACUGCCCCAGCGGAGAGCGCUGUCCAUUGGAUACCUCUCCCAACAGUCCCCCAUGGGCCUUCAUGCAGGGGGAGAUAACCACCAUUUUGGGAAAUGGUGCUGCCAGUUCAGGAUCGAGCGGAGCAGGGUCUGCUUCAGCUCCUGCAUCAGCUCCUACAUCUGGAGCCAGUACUGGUCCUGGAGCUGCAGCUUCAUCAGGGCCUGGAAGUGGAACAGCAGCAGGAGCAGCUGGAGCCGGAGCAGGGAGUGGGAGUGGAGAUGUCACUGUCAAGAAAGAGAGAGAGACGUGAUGGUGGUUUCAGUGGCAGCAUGGACCCAGCACAGCAACAGAAUCGUAUCCCAGAUCAGAACAGACGUCUCCCCCGAACAGCUAAGAGUCCCAGAAGAGAAGCAACGCAACAACCUACAAAUCUCAAAACAUCCACUAAGCAAGUUAAACUGCUUGUCACAUUGCAAUGAAUUCAAAACUAUUAGGCCUAAUCAGAGAUCUGAUGAUGGCAGCAAAGACUGCCUGCACACAUCACUUGUUUUUUCUCUGAGCAACUGCUGAUUUUUGCCACUGUAUAGUGAGCUUGUGAAAUUAAAUUUCCCAAUGCAUUCUGUGCAUUGCGCGCUCACUUGCAGCAAUGCUGUAAAACAGUUUAAUGCCAUUUUAAAUUUUCAGUCCAGAAAACAGCAGAGAUACUAAUGGAAUAUCACCACCACAACCAGACAUACAGCGUAUACAUAUCCCUAAUCAUGCGAUGGUGGAAUCACAUAUUCAGGAAGACUCACAAGCUGGACAGCGGCUACUGCUUAAGAGUUGGUAAUUAGUUCUGUUACUUGAAACAAGCAUCGCUUUCACGUUAGCAGAUGGAUAUAGAUUAUAGCAUUCCUAUCUGAACACAUACAAUGCAGCUUUGUCAGGUGCUUCCUGGAUCUUCCCAUUAAGCACAAGAUAUCCUUUAGUGUUGGUGCUUUGGCACUAUAGCUGCGCUACAUUGGCUGCUGAGGCGUAACAGGAGUGCAAAGGCCUAGUGAGGAUGUAGAGGUGAUGAUGGCACUUGGCAUUUUACUGGGUUGACUGCCAAGAGACCCUGAUUUGUACCCCAUUCAUAGCUGUGUGUUUUAUUCUUUGUUUUUGGGUUGUUGUUUUUUUACCUCGGUUUAUGCUCUCAGAUCCACUCACUGGUUAGGUUUAGCCACUAAAGACUACUUGGUUAAGGUUAGUGAACCCUGCUCCUUGACAAAUGAUGCGUUGCAAGCGAUUGAUGGCUCAUUUAUACCAUAACCCAGUGUGUCACAGCAAACAUGCCAAAGGACGCUUUGAGCAUAAAUUAGUCAUGGUUUAGCUACAAUACGUGGUACUGAUUGGCACCUUGGAGAUAAAGACAGAAAUACUUUAGUCAAAGCAAUUGACAUCAGUUUAAUUUGUGUCAGUGAUGGCUUGUUAGGAGACCUGAUAGAUGAGUGAUUGGAGUUCGCAAACUCUUAGACAAUAGCCGCUUCCCAGUGUUGUCAGCAUACACUCAGCUUUGUGCAGGAAAAAGCACAAAUAUAUAUACUACAUAUACACAUAUAUAUAUUUACAUGUAUGUCAAAGUAUAUCUAAACAGCAGCCACAGCUGUUCUUUUUAUUGUUGAAAAGUUGAGUUAAUUGUCUUGGGAAAAAAUGCCAUAUUAUUUACCAAUGCUUCAUCAAAUGAAAUAUUUUCUGCUUCUACAAGUUAAAUUUACAGCUUAUAACUGACAUGACACUGACAGUGAUGAUGUAAUGUACCUUCAGCAGAUAUUUUUUUUAAUUGCUUCAUGACUGAGUCUGUGUCCUGAUGCACAGAUUUUUCUUUCUUUCUUUUUUCUUUUAAAUCUCCAGUAAAACAUCUAAACAAACCUGCGUUAGAUGUGGACAGAAUGCCAGUAGAGACAUUUCUGUGCGCUUGUGCAUUUGUUGUUUUUGUUUUGGGUUUUUUUGUCAGCUUAAAUUGAAGCUGACUUUAACUCAGAGAAAGGAGAAUGUUUUGCUGUGUAGACACAACCAGUUAACCUGUCAGCGCGUCAACCAGCAGCAGAAACUCAGUGUUUGACUGUAUUUAAAUGUUGCUUUCAUACAAGAUCCAGCCCAGCCUACAUUUUACCCCGAAUGUAUAUAAAAAAAUCUAUUGACAGGCCUAUGAUUAUAUUUUAUACUAGAAUGUUAAAUGUUAUAUACUGUAAAGAACUGUAAUAGUACACACGUGCAAUCCUUAGACAUAGUACAUGCAAGAGUUCGACAUAUGGUAUUAAAAAAAAUUUCUUAAACUUUUUUUUUUUAAGUGAGAAUCCACUGAAAAGCAGAAAUCUUUGUUUCUGAUCAAGAGAUGUUUAAUAAAUCUGUGUGGUCUGGUUUCCAGUCAUACUAUUGAACAUUGUAUAUUAUUUCCCAUUUGCUAUAUUUCAAAAUGAAUUUCAUAAAUACAUUAAAGUGCGCAGGGAUUUCAUGUUCCUAAAUUGAACAACCAGACAUUGUAAUGAUAAUAUAUCAAAAUGAGUUUGUUUUUUGGUGGAUUCUCUUUAUGUGCAGCGAGUACUUGACAGUACAGAAGCACAGACAAACCAAAGGUAAUUUUAUGCCCAAAAUGAUGUUUAUAAUUGUAAAUGUUUUAUGGAAGACAUAUAUUUCAUUAUUUUUCAACCAGCUGGUUCUCUUCAUUAGGCCGUUACAGUUAACAGGCCAAUGUGUUCUACUGUACUUAUAGGAUAUGUACAAUCUAUAGUCUGCAGCAGAUCCUUACAUAGCACUUAUAUAUUUUAAAGGGGACCUAUUAUGCUAAUUUCUAGUUCAGUAUUUUUAUGUUUUACUUUGCUAGAGUAGCUUUGCAUGAUUCAUAGUUCAAAAUAAUUCACAUUUUUUCUCAGACUGGGCCUUGAUGCAGCCCUCCAAUUCUUUCUGUCUGAAAUGAGCCAUUUUAUGGCCGUUCUCCCUUUAAGUCAUCUUUCUUCUGAUUGGCUGCCUAUCGCAAACAGAAGAAGUGUCAGAAACUGAGUGUUUAGAGCCUGAAUUAUAAAGUGACCAGGAUUACAUGUACAUACACUAACCUCGUGUUUUGAAAUUUUAGCCAUGUUCCUUAUAUGCAUCCACCUCAGUAUAUAUUUGACAGAAAUUCAGGAGGGAAAAAAGCAUAAUAGGUCCACUUUACAAAAAGAUCCCACAGAUCAGGCCUGUUGUAGAGAAACAUCUUUGAAGAAAUGUAAUAGUAUAAUAUGCACUGAUACGUCAUGCAAUCCCUUGUUAAGUGCCUUUUAAAAAUGUUUACCAUCUGUUUUUGUGUCUGGGAACCUCAGGGGAAGUUAGGAGUGCAAUGGCUUCUUUUAUUGUCUUGUCAAUGAUUAACCUGAAUCUGCUUCCCUUCGAUCACCAUCUGACUGCUUUUGCUUUUAUCUGAAGCCUUCGUAAGGUUGACAGGCCCUUCGUGUUUUAUUUGAAUCCUCCCACUACGUUGUUUUUCAUUUAUGUGACUUUUUUUUGUAGAUCUGUCAGUUUUAUUGCAGCUUCCUGUACAACAUAAAACCAGGAAUAAAUGGGAUGGAAACUUGUC